CAAAUCCCACCGAUUGUCCUCCGCGGGAAGAGAGGAGGCGCGGGAAAGAACAUGCGCCGCGGAUACUUUGCAAACUUUGGAUCCACGCGUGCGUCUCCCCAUGGGGGCGAGGACACCGUCUUCAAAUGGCUCACCGGAACUCGGACGGAGACGACCCCUCCCCGGAGCGGACAGGAGCAUGUGUCACCCAGGCAUGCCGCAGCGGUCCCGCCGGAGGAGCAGCGCGGGCGCCGCGGACGGAGAGCAUGAGCCCAGCCGAGGACGAGGCGUCUCCCGAGGGGGUCCGCCUGAUGGGUCCCACGUCUUCAAGUGGACCGCGUGAGGGCGAGGAAGAGGAGGAGCAGGAGGACGUCCCCGAACUUUACUAUCCAACCGAGGAGGACCUUUCUUCCGAAGGCUCCGGUAGCUCGGUGGAUUACGGCUUCGUCGCCGCCGUCUCCUGCUUGGUCACGGGCAUCUCCCUGGUGGCCAUCUCCUACGCGGUGCCCCGGGAGGCGCGCGUCGACCCGGACAGCGUCCCUGCCCGGGAGAUGGAGCGCCUGGAGCGGGACAAAGCCCGGCUGGGCGCCCACCUGGACCGGUGCGUCAUCGCCGGGCUGUGCCUGCUCACCCUCGGCGGCGUGCUGCUCUCCACCCUGCUCAUGGCGUCCAUGUGGAAGGGCGAGAUGAUGCGCAGGAGGGCCUUGGCGCACGCCCGGCACGCGCCAAAGUUGUACGGGUCUAUGGGAUGGGGGGCGGAGUCCGGUCCGGUUCGGGACUCUUUCCCGCAUUUGUCUGACGAGGAGCCCGAGUUGCUCAGCUGAGUUUGGACGCUGGGCUAACAACUUCCGCUUUCAUUUGGCGCUUCCGUUUGGUGGAAUGGCCACAGCAUUAGGUACCCCUGUUGUCGUCAUAGCCGCUACUACCGUGCUAGCUUGUAUCCCUAAACAUGAUAUAGAUAUUAUUUGACCACAUUAAAGCAUAGCAUGAUGGCUUCGUGUGUGUUGUCCUUUUUAAUCACAUGAAAAAUACUAAAAUGAUGCCGAAAGACGUAAGGUGGCUUUUGAACACACUGGAAUGAAAUGACUAGUAGUAGUAUUAGAGUAUA